AUGGUGUUUGGGCCGGGGAAAGGAGUUGAGAGUGGUGUUGCGCGCGCCGCCGGUGCUGCGGUGGAUGAUCCGAAGGUGGUUACGGAGGGGGCUGUUUCAGGGACGGCAUCGGGGGCUGGGGAUUUGGGCUUCCUUGCAACGACCCACGCAGAAAUCCAGGACGGGGCGGUCAGGUAUCUGGCAGAUCCUUCUUUGGCCGCCGGCGGGUGUCUGUGGUUCCCCGACCUGACGGCUGCGGACCCGCUCCAUGUGCUGCCGCUUGCCCUGUCGGCCAUCCUGGUGGUCAACGUCAUGCCCAAGUCGAUGGCCCUGUGGAAGUUGCUGCUCGGUCUGGAGGGCGUGCCUGCGAGCGCAAUUGCUUCCAUGAAGGUCCGUUUGCGGCUGCAGAGGGCAUUUCUCCUGGUCGCCAUGGCUGCGGGGCCUCUAACCAUGGACUUGCCUGCCGCCCUCCACCUCUACUGGAUCUCUUCGGCAGCACUUACCACGGCCUUGACCAGCAUCAUCUCGCGGCUGAUGCCCAUGCCCAAAAUCGUCUCUCCAGCCAAGAGCCAGGAGCCGAUGUUUGUCAUGCCGACGCGAGAAGAGGGGAAGAAGACGCCAUGA